AUGAAUGACAAGCAGCAGGGACUUGAACAGAAGAUGCUUCUUGUUCUGCCUAAGUGGUAUUCAGUCUACCAGACUCUGCAACUUGCAUCUUCAAAUCCUUGGCAAGGAGAUGUGGAUGGUGUCAGAGAAGGCGAAGGCCUGCAGUGGACUGAAGAGGCUUGCAAGGAGUUCUGUUCCCAGGAUGUGGCCUUCAUCAGAGGACGAUUGGUCAUCAGCUGGGCGUACACAAACUUUACUACUACUGAAUGGUCAGCUCCAAUUGUGUGGCAUGGCACUUACAAUGAGUCAGUUUUGGAAAACUAUUAUGCAAAUCAUAAAAUUACUGUGGGGUUGACUGUGUUUGCUGUGGGAAGAUACCUUGAGUUCUAUUUGCCAGGCUUUUUGUUAUCUGCUGAUAAGUUUUUUAUGGUUGGCCAGAAAGUCAUAAUUUAUGUCAUGGUAGAUAACUUCUCCAAGAUGCCUUGGAUACAUCUGGGUCCCCUCCGUACAUUCAAAGUUUUUGAAAUUAAACGAGAGAGGAGAUGGCAAGAUAUCAGUAUGAUGCGCAUGAAAACCAUCAGUGAACUCAUUGUCAACCACAUCCAAUAUGAAGUUGACUUCCUUUUCUGCAUGGACGUGGAUCAAACUUUCAGAAAAAAAUAUGGAUUGGAGACUCUGGGAGAGUCAGUAGCUCAGUUGCAUACUUAUUGGUAUCAGGUAAAUCCUAAUCUAGUACCUUAUGAAAGAAGUCAGUUAUCAGAAGCAUAUAUACCUUUGAAUAAGGGAGAUUUUUAUUACCAUGCUGCUGUUUUUGGUGGCACUCCCCUUCAGGUUCUUGAUAUUGCCAGGGAGUGCUCCAAAGGAAUCAUCAAUGAUAAGAAAAAUAACAUUGAAGCAGUGUGGCAUGAUGAAAGCCACCUAAACAAGUAUUUCUUUCUCCAUAAACCCACCAAAAUAUUAUCACCAGAAUAUUGCUGGGAUUUUAAUCAUGAAAGGAAUUCUGAUAUCAAAACUGUCAAACUCUCUUGGAAUAUUAAGUAUUAUAAAUUUCUUAGAGUGACAGCAUAAUUUUAUAGCCCUUCCUUUAUAUUUCUGAAUUUAAGGGCAUCAUUUUAUCUCAUUCUUUAGAAAAUUGUCUUAUUCCUUGGACAAUUUGCACUCUACAAAAGUUAGCACUAAAAAAAUCACAAACAAAAUGGCAAGCCCACUACAGAGCAAACUUAUACUUUCCCUUACGUUCAUUUUGAAUUAUACAACAUGAGAUUUAAUAGCUGCAAAAUAGGUUUACUGAAAUCAGAAGAAGACAUGAAUGUUG